GUAAAAUGGCGUCGGGAGCCAUUUCCACUGAGAACAAGAAGAUCUCAGAUUUAAGAGUUGUUGAUCUGAAGUCAGAGCUCAAGCGGAGGAGUCUGGACACGUCCGGGGUGAAGAGCGUCCUGGUGGCGAGACUCAAACAGGCUCUUGAGGAUGAAAAUGGAGACACAGAAAACAUUCAGAUCGAGCUUUCUACAGACGCAGCGGCUCGGAAAGGUGGGAAAGCUAAAGGGAAGAAAGUGGACUCGGAUGCAGACACCACGGGGGAAGAUGAUGUGCUUUCCAAGGAAACUGAAGAGUACGAGUCAGAGAAAGAUGUAACUGAUACAGAUGAUGGUACUCGUGAAAAUACUAAAGCUGCCCCCAGCGAGGACAGCCUCGCUCAGCCCGAGGCCCCGGCCCCGGCCGAGGCCCCGGCUGAGACCCCGGCCCACCACCAACCAGAGUCAGAGGCCGUGGCGGCUGAGGCCGACUCAGAGCCUGAGGCCGAGGCGGACGCUGAGGUGGACGCCGAGGCCGAGCCAGAGGUGGAUGAGGACGCCGACCCAGAGAUGGAUGGGGAGGCUGAGCCAGAGGUGGAUGUGGAGCCAGAUGUGGAGCCAGAGGUGGAGCCCGAACUGGCUGAGAUGGAUACUGAAGCCAUGAAUUCCUCUAAAGAAGCUGAGGACGAUCACCUGUCCGUCUCAAUCCCAAACGAAGAUGCCCUCACCCUAGAUGUUGAUGGGGAUGAUCUCCUGGAAACAGGUAAACAUGUCAAACUUCCAGAUCCAGAGGCCGAGAAGGGCACAGACGAGCCAGGGGCCUCCGCUGAGACGGGCCCCGAUGAUGACACGAAGGUGGAAGAGAGCGAGGGCCACAAAGAUGGUAAGAAAGAUGACGGAUCCCGGGGCGAGCCCACGAAGAAAGACGGCAGAGACGCCCUGAAGAAAGCCGAAACGGGAGACAAAGACAAGGAUUGUGGGAAGAAAGGCCCCUGCGCUACUGGGGCCUCAGGUCAAGCUAAGAGCUCUUCAAGAGACAGAGAUGGAAAAUCUACAAAAGAUGAAAAGGCCGCCAGCAGCAGCAGCACCAGCAGCUCGUCUCGGAACAUCUGGGUGAGCGGCCUGUCGUCCAACACCAAAGCAGCUGAUCUAAAGAACCUGUUUGGCAAAUAUGGGAAGGUUCUGAGUGCUAAGGUGGUGACUAACGCUCGUAGUCCAGGUUCAAAGUGUUACGGCCUGGUGACCAUGUCGUCCAGCACCGAGGUGACGCGCUGCGUCUCCCACCUCGACUGCACCGAGCUCCACGGACAGCAGAUCUAUGUGGAGAGGGCCAAAAACGAUCCGUUCAAAAAAGAAGGCUCAAAGAAGGAAGCAGAGGACAAAACCAACUCCAGUAAAUCGAGCGAUAAGCGAAGUUCCACCGGAGCCAAACUGACUAACAAAACACCACCAUCUUACAAAAAAGAGGACAAGAAAUCUGAGAAACUCUCUGAAAAGGACAAAGAUUUAUCCAAGAAACAAGACGCCAGAGGAGGAAAAUCUGACUCUGUUUCAUCGAGUUCUGGGCAAGAUUCAAAGAAAGACGACAGGAAGCACGGACGACCAAAGAGUCCAGUGAAGCCGAUGGUGAUUUAUCAUCCCAAAGGAGAUUCUAACUUUGGCAAAAUGAGACCGUUCAGACGGGGGGGAAGGUACUUUGAUAAACCUUUUGUCAACAUGAACGUCCAGAGGAGGCCCAAGUGGUUGAUUCCUCCUGAAGAGUUGGAGAUGAUGAGAGACAAACAGCGCCCGUUCAGUAACCGUGGCGAGGUGAAGGACAUCCUCCCCUUUGAGAAGAUGAAGGAGCAGAGGAUGAGGGAGCGAGUGGCUCGUCUGGAGAGAGUCCGCCGGGCCGUGGAGCUCCGCAGUGCUAACACUUUGGAUUUUAGACGGCGGGAAAUCGCCGAACAGGAACGCCGGGAGCGCGAGCGAGUCCGACUGUUACGAGAGCGAGAAGAACGAGAGAACCUUCUCCGAGAACGCCAGAGAUUAGAGAUGGAGAGACAGAAGCUGGAGAGGGAACGCCUGGAGAGAGAGAGGCUGGAGAGGGAGAGGAUCCGCAUAGAGCAGGAGCGGCGUAAGGAGGCGGAGCGGAUGGCUCGGGAGCGGGAGGAGCUCCGCCGGCAGCAGGAGCAGCUCCGCUACGAGCAGGAGAAGAGGAACAACCUGAAGAGGGGACGGGAGGUGGAGCACGGACGGAGAGAUGAUUCCUACUGGAACGGCAACAAGAAGAUGCAGUCUGACUCUGAUGUUCGUAUCAACCAAGGAUCCAACUACAACAGGCAGCAGAACCGCUUCACUAACUUCACUCCCCGAGAGAGAGGACGCUUCCCCGACGCUGCCGCAGAGCAGACCAACACCUACGACAGGCGUAACCGUUUUGAGGGCGAGCCGGAGGUGAAGAAGAACCGUCCUGCUCCUCACAGAGAGACGUCUGGCUUCGACCGCUACCCCAAGAGCUUUGAGACGGUGCGCCGCCCGGAGCCGCCUCCUCCUCAGCGCGCCGAGCUGAGGGACGCCGAGCGCGGCGGCGCCAGAGACGAGCGGCGCCCGGUCCCCAUGCACGACCGGCCAAUGGGAGGCCGGGCCACCAUGGCCAACAUGUCCCACAACAGAUCACCCAGAGACGGAGGACACGGCUGGAAGAACGACGGAGGACUCAACUCCAACAAGGGAGACAUACGUAACGCGGGUCUGAACAGAGGACCGAUGAGGAUGCGUCCAGAGCGAUCCGGUAGAGACGGUCCUGGUCCUGGUCCGGUCCUCAGAGGAGGAUCCUCCGCCAGCAGAGGGAGGAGCAGCUUCAACGAGCGGGACGGAGGGAGGCCCAUGGGCCUCAACGACCAGCCGUUCAGCUCGGGCCGGCAGGUGGUCGUGGAGCGCCACAGCAGGGAGCAGAACAUGAGGAAGGAGUGGCACGGAGGCUCCAGCUCCCAGGGAGGAGCAGCAGGAGGAGGAGGAGGAGGAGGAGGUUACCCUGACAACCGCAGGAUGGGAGACAGCCGGGGCAGCAUGAUGGCUCCCUCCAGUCACUCUUCGUCGGGGAUGAACCGGAUCGUCCAGAUCACCAACAGCUCUCUGCCCAGCGGAGGAAACGGCGGCGGAGGAUUCAAACCGUUCAAAGGAACGCCGCGGCAGUUCUAACGGCAACAUGAAGACUUUGAACUGUUUAUUUUUAGAAGAUCAGCUGUUUUAGGUGGCUCAUUUGUAGCCAUGAGGUUGAGAACACUAUUUUAUUUUGUAUAGAUGACGAUGAUGAUGAUGAUGAAGUGUUUACCUCAGUGUGGGGUUGGUUCCCCUGGCAACAGUUCUGCUGUUACGUUCCUUAUUUAGAAGACCUUGUACAGCUCUGCUACGUCUUUGUAACACGUUUUACAGUGAUGUUCCACUGAGUGUUGUUGUACAUUUCACUAGUUUAGUGUCACACUCAGUUCCUGUUUCUGUCUUAUUUUAGUGUAUUAUUAUUAUUAUUAUUAUUCUAGAGCUCAGUCACGGAUCAUUCAUCAUCUGGAUGUUUCUCUGUGACCAAACCAAUAACAAAGAGUACUAUUUUUUUUUUCUUUUACUUGGUGUGGGCGUUGUGUUUUUGUAAAGAGUAGUUGGAUAAUUUAAAACGAUGUUAAACUGUAAAGUGGCCUGCUUCGUAGCAAAAUACCUCCAACAGGCCAGAACACGAGUUCAUAACACGAGUUCAUAACAUGAGUUCAUAACAUGCAGCUGUGUGUCCAAAUAAAAUCUCACUUUCAAAUCUC